GAUUCUGCUCUGCUUCCGGGGGGUAGAGGACCACACUCUUCAUAUACAUGCUCGCUUGACUGUCAAUAUUUGAUAUCCCGCCGUCUGUACAUACACUCUAGCAGCAUUGCCGAUAGACCCGCCACAUUCCAUCGAGACGCCCACGCCUUAUCGCCCGAGGCUAUGGCGUCAUCCAAGUCAACAACCCAGCGGCUAUUGAAGGAAUUGAAGGAGUAUGCCAGCAAUCCCAAUGAGGUUUUGCUUCAUUUGGGGCCUGUCAGCGACGAGGAUCUGCUACACUGGGAGGCAGUCUUGAAAGGGGUACAAGGAACGCCGUACGAAGGCGGUCUCUGGCAACUCAAUAUCGAGGUUCCAAACAAUUAUCCCCUCUCUCCGCCAAUUAUCCGCUUCAAGACGCGAAUCUCGCACCCGAAUAUUUCGUUCACGACUGGCGAGAUCUGCCUGACGCUCCUGACGAGCGAGCACUGGAGUCCCGUGUAUACAAUCUCAACAACGCUGUCGGCAGUCCAUCAGCUGUUAACUGAUCCCCGGCCGGACUCGCCGUUGAAUGUCGAUGUUGCGGCGCUCCUACGUGAUGGUGAUGUCCCUGGGUGGGAAAGUAUUGUGAGAUACUGGACGGAAGAGGAGAGAUGGCAAGGGCCGGGGAAUGUGAAGCCUGCUGCUCGGUGAGAAAGAGAGAGCUGGGGAAUUGACAUCAUUGUGCUUAACAUCUUGUCUUUGUUUGAUCAUGAUGAACAUGAAUAUAUCGCUAUAUCUAUUAUGCAAUAAUGAAUUAUACUACAACUCGUCAAGUUGAAAAAGAACU